CACACACACACACACACACACACACACACACACACACACGAUGACUAUCACACAAAUUUGAUUUCUCAUCCCAAUUUCGUUUCGCAACUAAUCAGAUCAACCUGAACAACAGAACUCAAUUCUUCGGGGAGCCCUUAUCGCAUUCAAUGCGCAUAAAAUACAAUACCAGACCAGCGUAUUCUGAAUGACUCCCUCUGAUAUAGUAUAUAGAUGACCAACACCUUCGCCGAUCCCGCCCGGUAAAAUUCUGCCCCCGCAUGUGCGCACACAUGUCCCGGUGAUGGUGACGCAGUUGGACACGGGCAAUCUGCCUGGGAGGAGCUAGCAGCGCACUGCGCGAAUAGAGCUGCCGCAGCAGCAGAGUCAACGAGGGUAGCAGCACCGGUAGGCUACAGCGGGGCGACCGACAGACACGUCGAAAAGAAACCAGGGGUGAUCCGAUCCGACAGCGAGACACCGAGCCCUAGCCCUUGGGUGGCGAGAGACUGAGGCGGAUUCCCGAAUCAUGCUGUGACCGAGCCGGUGCAUGACAUGUAGACUGUUGCGUCUUCUGCGUUACACGGGGAUGAGAGCCGGUGCUGUGUUGAUAAGGAGCGACGCUUAAUUAAAACCAUUUUGUAUUAACUUUGCACUACCGCACCGAGAUUUAAUACGGACAUAAUCUUGGAGGUGACACGCCCCAUCUUCUAAUGCUGAGCAACGAAGCCGUGUUAUAGCAACAUUCCGAAUCCAGCCUCCGCGUUCCGACAGAAAAAGCCAACGGUGUCUGAGCGGUAUCUUUCUAUUUUUUGCUCUCUAAUCUGUUUUUGUCGCCGCUUUGGCAAGAGAGGGUCGAACCAUGACGAAGAGCCCGCUGUACGUGCGGACCCUUUGCUGAAUUGAUGACACAGGACCAUGGAUACUUGUCUCUAUUUUUGGCAUUCAAAUCAUAAGUGUCACAAAUGGAUGAAGAAAUAGACACCCGCAAAAUCAACAACAGCUUCCUCCGCGACCACAACUAUGCAACCGAAGCUGACAUCAUAUCCACCGUUGAGUUUAACAACACCGGAGAGCUUCUGGCCACUGGAGACAAGGGGGGUCGAGUGGUCGUAUUCCAGAGAGAGCAGGAGAGCAAGAACCAGCCUCACCGGAGGGGGGAGUACAAUGUUUACAGCACCUUUCAGAGCCACGAGCCUGAGUUUGACUACCUGAAGAGCUUGGAGAUCGAGGAGAAGAUCAACAAGAUACGCUGGCUGCCACAGCAGAAUGCCGCCUACUUCCUCCUCUCCACCAAUGAUAAGACUGUGAAGCUCUGGAAGAUUAGUGAGCGUGACAAGAGACCAGAGGGCUACAACCUGAAGGAUGAGGACGGACGCAUACGAGACCCCAACACCAUCACAAGCCUACGGGUGCCGGUGCUGCGGCCCAUGGACCUGAUGGUGGAGGCCACGCCGCGGCGGGUCUUCUCCAACGCCCACACCUACCACAUCAACUCCAUCUCCAUCAACAGCGACUACGAGACCUACAUGUCCACAGACGACCUGCGCAUCAACCUCUGGAACCUGGAGAUCACCAACAGGAGCUUCAACAUCGUGGACAUCAAGCCGGCCAACAUGGAGGAGCUGACGGAGGUGAUAACGGCGGCGGAGUUCCACCCCAACCACUGCAACACCUUCGUCUACUCCAGCAGCAAGGGAUCCAUACGCCUCUGUGACAUGCGGGCCGCCGCGCUCUGCGACAACCACUCCAAAUUCUUUGAGGAGCCAGAGGACCCGAGUAACAGGUCCUUCUUCUCGGAGAUCAUCUCCUCCAUCUCGGACGUCAAGUUCAGCCACAGCGGCCGCUACCUGAUGACGCGUGACUACCUCACCGUCAAGGUGUGGGACCUCAACAUGGAGAGCAAACCCCUGGAGACAUACCAGGUGCAUGACUAUCUAAGAAGUAAGCUGUGCUCCCUGUAUGAGAACGACUGCAUCUUCGACAAAUUUGAAUGUGUCUGGAACGGCUCAGACAGCGUGAUCAUGACCGGCUCGUACAACAACUUCUUCCGCAUGUUCGACCGCAACACCAAGCGCGACGUGACGCUGGAGGCCUCGCGCGAGAACAGCAAGCCGCGCGCCAUCCUGAAGCCGCGCAAGGUGUGCGUGGGCGGCAAGCGGCGCAAGGACGAGAUCAGCGUAGACAGCCUGGACUUCAGCAAGAAGAUCCUCCACACAGCCUGGCACCCCUCCGAGAACAUCAUCGCCGUCGCCGCCACCAACAACCUCUACAUCUUCCAGGACAAGGUCAACUAAGAAGAGGUCAACUUACUGACAGUUUGGAAAAAAAAAAACCUCCAGCACACACACUGUUUUCUUUAAUACUGUACACGUUUCAAUCUUGAACGUCGUCGAAUGAUGUUGAAACGUUGUGCGUUAAAGAAAAUAGCGAAACAGUCAGUGUGCAGGAGUUUUUUUGUCAAAUUGUCUGCUAAGUGACGCAUGGGCCAUCUCCGACGCACCUGCCAGCUGAGGUGUGCGAAAAAAAUACAAGUUUAACUAGAGGUCAACUAAGAGGACACCAGGAGAGACGAGGAUGAGGAUGAGGAUGAGUUUGAGGCCACCGGGCCGUUCCCCCGGCCCCCCACCCUUCAUGCAAGUGAACCCUCCCUGGUCAACAUGGUUAAGUGAUAAACCUGACUAAGUUAACAUACAGGAAGUGGUAAAACAUGCUAAUAGAAAGUCCACAGGUGUCAUUUAGUUGAGAACUCGAAAAUGAACUAGAAGUGACAUCACCAGGCUCUUCUAUUAAAUGAUUUACCACUACCGUCAAGGUAAACUUAGCCCGGUUUACUACUGAUCCGGGUUCUUGGAAUACCCUACAGAGGUGGCAUUCCUGGGUUUGGAAAGUAAAAUAAAAGAACUUGCCAUGUUUUGGACUCUAACACAAGUGUCUUCACUGAGUUUAGCUGAUCUACGUAUCUUGAUCUCGAGUGCUCAUUAUGCUGGUUACCUUUGAGUCAGCUGGGUCGAAGCUGGUUGGAUCAAUUUGUGGUAGAGUUUUUUUUUUUACUUUCUCAACCCAGGAUUGACGUUUAGCCCCCCGUCUACCCGACCCAUUCAUUCCCCAGCCCACCCAUUCUCCUACCCUCCAUUCCACCUGACUCCUCUCUCUCUCUUUCUCUCCCUCUCUCUCUCUCCACCCCCCCCUGCUCUAUCCCUCUCUUGCCUUCUUGAGUUGACCUAUUGGGAAAAGCUGCAUUUGACAGGUGUCAAUAUUCCCUGAGUGAGGAGGGGAGAGGGGAGGAGAAGACUGGGAGGGA